CUCAUUCCCUAACAUGUUUGAUAAACCACUCUUUGAUGCCAGCAUUAUUCGUGAUAUGCAAGAGAUCAUUCCUGGUCUCUUUCUUAGCGGAUCGCAGCCUACAGAGUCGCGCGAAUACAUGAAGGAGAAGGGCAUCACACAUAUUGUCCAAGUGACCUUUCCUAACUCCCCUCGCUUCCCUGGAGACUUCAUCUACAAGAUCAUUGCGGUUCCUGAUAUGGAUGAAACCAACUUGAUUGAACACUUUCCAGCAACUUAUACUUUUAUUCAUAAUGCUAUUGACAAAGGCGGCAAGGUCUUGGUACACUGUAUGGCAGGAGCGUCCAGGAGUGUUACUAUUGUAUGUGCAUACUUGAUGAAGACAAAAAAGAUCCCUGUGACUGAAGCACUAAAUUUGAUUGAGAAACUGCGCCCCAUUGCCGAGCCCAACGACGGAUUCAUAAAACAGCUGAUCCUAUAUGAUGCCAUUGAGUAUGAUGUGAACAUCAACAGGACAGAAUACCGUCGUUUCUUGAUGUCGAAUAUGGCAAGACAACGAGAAGUCUUUGGACAUAUUAAAGCAGAGGAUAUGACUUUGGCUGCAGAUCCUUUAACACAACAGACAUCGGCGCCAUCAAUAGUAUCCAAAACGGCGGCGGCGGCGGCAACGGCAGCAGUUCAAGAAGUAUCAAAAGCCCAGCUACAAUCAUUCUCUCAGAAAAGACCUCUCAAAUGCAAAAAAUGUCGACGUGCGUUGGUAACGCAUGAUAAUAUUAUUACUCAUGCUCCAGGGCAUGGACAAAAUGCUUUUCAGUAUCGGAAACGCGAUGCGACCCUUCAUGUCUCUCAGGCAAUUCAAUCCAAUAACAAUAAUACGAGUGCCUCACCCAUGUCUCCAACUGUAUGCCACUCUUAUUUCAUUGAGCCUGUUGAGUGGCUCCAAGAUGUUCAGAGCUUAGAAGGCAAGAUCUCAUGCCCUAAAUGCGACUCCAAAUUAGGUACCUUCAACUGGUCGGGUGAUCAAUGCUCCUGUGGAGCAUGGAUUACUCCAGCAUUUAUGCUUCAUAAGGGAAAAGUAGAUGCUUGAUAAUAAAAUUA